AUGCCAGAAUCUGUGAAGAUAACAAUUGAUCGAGGGGGGACUUUCUGUGACGUUUGGGCUAGUAUCUCAGAUGGAAGAGAGAUUAUGUUCAAGCUUCUUUCUGUUGACCCUUCGAGUUACGAGGAUGCACUCACAGAGGCUGUGCGCAGAGUGCUGGAACUUCUGACCGGCCAGCCUGUCGCGCCUGGUACACUACUUGAUGGCAGUUCUAUAGAGUGGAUCAGGGUCGGCACAACUGUUGCUACGAAUGCUCUUUUAGAAAGGAAAGGUGAACGGUUUGCCUUCUUGACUACAAGAGGCUUCAAGGAUGUAUGCUUGAUAGGAAAUCAAACACGACCUAAGUUAUUUGAUCUCAAUAUUAGGAGACCUGGGGUACUUUACGACAAGGUGGUCCCGAUAUCUGGGCGCGUCACGAUUGAGGAUUAUGUGUUGAAUCCGUACCCUUGCAACCAUGACUUCAGCGACACGGCAUUAGUCAAAACUGCAAGCGGAGAUGUAGUAAGAAUUAUCGAAGAUUUAGACGAAGAUCACACCAGGAGGCAGCUAGUGGAAUUGAAAAGCGCAGGUUACAAAUCGCUUGGGGUCUGCUUCGUUCACUCCCAUAUCUUUCCGGAUCAUGAGCGAAGGGUUGCUGAACUUGCGCGAGAAAUUGGUUUCGACUUUGUGACAAUCUCUUCGGAUUUGAGUCAACAAGUCAAGUUCGUGAACCGAGCAAAUUCUGCAUGCGCAGAUGCUUACCUGGCGAGAACCGUACGGGACUUUGUGGACGGGUUUUCUGGCAACUUCUCAAUUCAACCACAAAGGCUUGAGUUCAUGCAAUCGGAUGGUGGCCUUGUAAGCAGCAGCAAGUUUUCGGGGUUGAAAGCUAUACUUAGCGGGCCAGCUGGUGGCGUAGUUGCCAUCGCUAAGACGUGUUACGAUGAGAAGGAGGGAACACCUAUCAUUGGGUUUGAUAUGGGUGGCACAAGUACUGACGUCUCGAGAUUCGAGCGCUCCUUUGAACAUGUCUUCGAUACCACUAUUAGUGGGACAACCAUUGCUGCGCCAAUGCUUGACGUGAAGACCAUUGCGGCUGGAGGAGGAUCGAUCCUACAAUGGAAAAAUAAGAUGUUUGUAGUUGGACCUGAGAGCGCUGGUGCUCAUCCGGGACCUGCAUGCUACAGGAAAGGAGGUCCCCUGACAAUCACAGAUGCCAAUCUCUUACUAGGUCGACUCGUUCCAGAGCAAUUCCCUUCCAUCUUUGGUCCUAACGCCAAUGAAGCGCUGGACACAGCAGUAGUUAAGGAAGGGUUCAAGCAUCUAACCAUUGAAAUCAACUCCGACACUGGGUUAUCUUUCACCCCAGAAGACGUCGCUGCUGGUUUCAUUCAGAUGGCUGACGAGACCAUGAGUCGGCCCAUUCGAAAUAUUACGGAAGCUCGAGGGCACGCGUUGAACUCACAUAAUCUCGUAAGCUUUGGGGGAGCAGGAGGCCAGCAUGCUUGUUCUAUCGCCCGAAACCUCGGGAUCCCGCGCAUCAUUAUUCACAAAUAUUCUUCGAUUUUGUCUGCAUACGGCAUUGGUCUUGCCAGCGUUGUCUCUGAUCAGUCUGUUGCUGUAUCAUAUACAGCGUCAGCCAAAACCUUGCCGUCAAUUCUAGAAAAAUUGGCGACACUCAGAAAACAAGCUGAAGAUGACCUAAUCGCUCAAGGCAUCAAGCCUAGCUUCAUUCAAUACGAGAAUUAUGCUAGUCUCCGUUAUGAGGGAUCAGAUACCAAUAUUAGUGUGCUCCAACCGCGAGACAAUGACUUCGUCAAAGCAUUUGUUGAUCAGCAUCGCCGUGAAUUUGCUUUUGAGCUGGCUGGCCGCCCAAUCGUUGUGGAUACUAUACGUGUACGAGGGACUGGAAAUAUGGACAUGGCUAAGGUGAAGGAGAGUCUUUUUGAUGAGCUUGGAUCGAUCUCGACUAAUGUAUCUCAAUCACCCUUUACUGCUGUCCACAGAACUUUCUUAGAUGGUGCGUGGAAAAGUAUACCGCGCUUAUACCUCAGCGAGUUAGAAGUCGGAACACGUUUUUCUGGACCCGCAUUAAUCCUAGAUGCAACGCAAACGAUCCUCAUUGAGUCCGGAUCAAUAGUCUCAAUCCUCAAAUCGCAUAUUGUUAUAGACCGCCCCGAGUCUAAGAGAAGUAGUGGAGAAGACUGUGAGGUCGUCAACCCCGUGCAGCUAACAAUGUUCGCGCAUCGAUUCAUGUCCAUCGCAGAACAAAUGGGCCACACUUUGCAACGAAUAGCUAUUAGCACAAGUAUAAAAGAACGACUUGACUUUUCAUGCGCCAUCUUCUCCCCUGAUGGAAAGCUAGUUGCAAAUGCACCUCACGUUCCGGUCCAUCUGGGCUCCAUGCAAUAUGCUAUCCAAUGGCAACAUGAGCAUUGGAAAGGCAGACUCAACCCUGGUGAUGUUCUUUUGACAAACCAUCCUGAAACUGGAGGCACGCAUCUUCCCGAUCUCACUGUGAUUACUCCCGCUUUUCACGCCGAAACCAAACAAAUUAUUUUCUAUGUUGCUUCCCGUGGUCAUCACACAGAUAUUGGGGGCAUUGGCAUAACUAGUAGUAAGUACCAAGCGAUUUUUGAUAGGCUCCUUUUGGCCAGCUCUGGAAUUGCAAGCGCUGCUAGCUGGUUCUAUCGGGCUACAAUCUGCUUCAAUGCUGACUUGACUGACCUAGUGGCUCCUGACGCAACCGAGCUCUGGCAAGAAGGCAUCGCUAUCAAAGCAAUGAAGCUCGUAAGCAACGGCGUUUUUGAAGAAGAAUCUAUCCGCAAAGUCUUCCUAGCAGUAGCAGAUCUCCCAGGCUGCAGCUCAACCCGGCGCCUAAACGACAAUAUCUCGGACUUGAAGGCCCAAAUAGCAGCCAACCAAAAAGGCCUGAAUCUCAUCAGCGAGCUUUGCCGAUCCUAUAGCCUCCCCUACGUACAAUUCUACAUGCGCUCCAUCCAGCAGAACGCCGAACUCGCAAUCCGCGAAUACCUACAACGAGUAUACUCCAGGUUCAACGGCAAGGCGUUGCAAGCUAUCGAUUACUAUGACGACGGAACGCCAGUCGUAGUGAAAAUUACUAUUGAUCCCGAAACAGGCUUCGCACAUUUUGAUUUCACUGGUACGGGCGAAGAAACAUACAGCAACAUGAACGCGCCCCCAUCAAUUACAUCAUCCGCAAUUAUGUACUCUCUGCGCGCUAUGAUCGAUAGCGAUAUCCCGCUCAAUGAAGGCUGUCUAGCACCAAUACGAGUCACCAUUCCCCCCUCCACAGUACUGAACCCCUCUGACGCCGUCGCCAUCUCCGGCUCCACAAUCGCCAGCCAGCGCGUAACGGACCUUAUCUUAAAAGCGUUCCAAGCGUGUGCUGCAAGUCAAGGCUGCGCGAAUUCGUUGGGCUGGGGAAUGGGUGGCAAGGAUGCUGAUACUGGGCAUGUGCGCCCGGGGUGGAAUUACGGGGAGAGUAUUGGCGGCGGGAGCGGUGCGGGUCCGGGGUGGCACGGGACGAGUGGUGUGCAUGUGCAUAGUACUAAUACCAAAAUCACUGAUCCUGAGAUCAUUGAGAAACGUACGCCGGUGUUGGUACGCAGGUAUGAAAUACGGGAAGGAAGUGGAGGGGUAGGGGAGUUUCAAGGGGGAUGUGGAAUUGUGAGGGAGAUUGAGGCGAGGGUUGAUUUGAAGUUUAGUGUUGUUAGUACAAGGAGGACAUAUAGCCCGUAUGGGAUGGCUGGUGGUGGGGACGGCAGUGUGGGGAGGAACUUUGUGUGGAGGACAGGGGGUAGAAAGGUUAGUAUUGGGGGCAUGGCGGUGGUUAAUGUGAAGGCUGGGGAAAGUAUCGAAAUCAAUACUCCAGGGGGUGGUGGUUAUGGCCAGUUGCCACAGGGUGAAGAAGUUGAAGAUCGUCUUGAUACACGCCCAACACCAACAUUUCAAGCAUAA